AUGCUGGAGGAGGAGCAGAAGCGCCACAACUCCGGACAUCGGCGGCAAGACUGCCCAGUGAGUUCCCGUAGCUUCACUGCGGGUUUGUUGAUUGCUCCAGGCUUUGCCUGCUUUAAAUUAAUGCGCUCAGGACCAAUAUUACCUCAGGAUAUAAAUCCGUCAGAAAUGGACACCAUUGAAGAUUUGAGAAGAAAACUCCAGAAGCUUGAGAAAAUAAAUUUGGAAUUAACCAAUCAGCGCAAUCAAGAUAUGUCACGCUAUGAAAAAGAAAUAAUGAAAUUAAGGUUGGAACUCGAGAGGGGAGAAGCUCUUCGUCAAGUUCUGGAAAGUGAAAUGUCAUUUGCUAAAAAAGAGGCUCAUGUGCAGAUGUGCUCUGCAGAGGAUGAGCUAUGUGAUAUAAAAGCCAAGCUUUUGGAACUGCAAGUACUCAACGACAAAUACCGGCAGAAAGUAGCAGAGACUGAGAAAAUGUUUCAAAGUGCUCUGUGGCAAUGGGAAGAGGAACAACAAAAAUUUGCAGUGGAGAGAGAUAACAUCCACAGAGCAUACCUCACCGAAAUGGAAUUCCUUAUUAAAGAAAAAACUGAAACGGAAAAGGCUUGUCAGGAAACUAAUGCUGUCCUGCAAAACACGCUCAGGAAGUUGAGGGAUAUGGAGGUAGAGCACCAUGGAUGCAGCGAGAUCCUGAGGCUCCAGGCUGAUCAUCUGGAUCUCAAGGAUAGACAGAAGGAGAGACUUGUCAGGGAGCUUGAGGCAGCUAUGGAGAAAACAAAGAAACUGGAGGAAAACGCUGAAGCAGCAAGACUAGCACAUAUGGAAUGUAAAUACACUGCAGAUGUCAUGCAGUUAAGAAUUCAAGAACUUGAAGAUGCUUUGAAUAAAAAGCAAGGCGGCAGGAGAGAAGCUGUUUCAGUGGUAGCAAAGAAAGAUUUUGGAGAGUCAGAAAAUGCACAUCAGAGAGGAAAAAAAGUUUUACAAAGACAGCAUGCAUCCUCAAAUGUGCAAUGGAGAGAGGGGGCUGAGGAAAGAAAGGAAACUGAAGAACCCUCUGGGAGAUUAGUGAAUGCUGCAACCAGCUUCAGCCUGCAUGAAGGCCCAGUGAAGGAGCUGUCCAUCCUCCUGAACAUAUUCCAGAGCAUGGCAGACGGCCAUGUGAUUGCCAGACACCCGGACGUUCCCCUGGAAGUGUUACCUUGGAGAGAGUUUUGUGAACUCUUGCGUGAGAACGUUGAAGCCCUGAUCUUGAACUUCCACGAGGCUAACAAGAGGAUAUCUCACCUGGAAUAUAUUUGCAAGCACAAGACUUACACUGUGAACAACCUUCAGCGGAACCAGAAGAAUGCUUUGGCAAAAAUGUCUGAACAGUUAAAAGCACAAGAACAUUGCUGGCAGAAAGAAAAGAAAUAUCUUGAACACCAGUACUCAAAUCUCCUUGCAGAAGUUCAUGCAAGAGCACAGGAAUGUGAAGAAAUUUCACAGAAAAGCAGGCAAAAACUGUAUGGCCUUGAACAAAUCUGUGAGAAGCUGGCCCAUGAGAACAAUUCUGUGAGAAACGCAUUAUCGCUUGCUCACAAGGAGCGCUCAUCUCUGCUGGCAGCCUGUGCACUGCUGUCAGGGGCCCUGUGUCCUCUCUACAGCAGAGUGUGUGCUAUGUCUUCCCAAAGAGAUAUUCUCCAGGUCCAGGUGAACCUCCACGAAUUAGUGAACCAGAAGAUCAGGAGCCUCCUUUAUGGUCUCCCUACUAUGGAAAACAAUCAAGAGGAAGAAAGGCGGAGAAGAGCCAAACACCUGAUUUAUGUGUUCCGAAGAGCUGUUAUUGCAGUUCUGGCUGCUAACAGGCUUAGAAUCCUGGCCCAAUAUUCCUGCUUCCUUUUUCUCUGGACAGAUGGCUCAAGAGGAAGCACUAGAAUUCAAGUUUGUGUGGGAGAAUCUAGAGGCAGGCAUCACAUGUCACGUUUUGAAGAGGAAGGAGUUGACUCUAUUGAAGCUCUUGACUGGUUGACUAGCUCUAACCUCUAUACUGCAAUAAUCAGUUCCUUCUCUGAACUGCAGGAUGUUCUCAGCAAACCAGAUCCAAAAUCCUGGCUUUCUGGACACUCACUUAUCAACGCAGCCAGGAACUCCUUUACAAAACUGAUGGACAACCUGAGUGUAUUGAUGGAGACAGGACAAGGGAAACCCUGUGGGUGCAGAGUUUACCUGGAGAAGGACUCCCUUAUACAGAGGCUGGCUUGUGGACUCCACAGAGUAAAUGCCCAGGCCCUGGAAGCUGGAUUGUAUGACAGACUGCCUAGCUCAAGAAACAUAGCAAUCUUGCAGCAAGAAAUACUUGAACUUUCAGGAUGCUUUCAUACAGCAGAGGUAGAGGCCCGCUCACUGUUCCUGCAGCUUGUAGAAUUCAAAUGGACUUUCAAUGAGAUGCAAAAAGAUGUUGAAAAAGCCCACAGACUGCAAGAGCAAUUCAGUGAACUUCAGCAAUCAGACACAAUUUAUUUCUCUUUCCAGAAAACAAUCACCCAAGACAAUAUACAUGAGGUAUUAGAAAAAGCUUUGCACCGUGAGAAUGAGGCAAGGUUGCUUUUACAAGAACACGAGCAACGGCUUCAGAUGUUGAGUAGCAGACUAGAAUUGCACACAAGUGCAGACACUGAUAGAAGCCAAGACUCAAAUGUAUCUGUGAUGAGCCUCUCAGAUGCAAUGGAGGAGUUGAGGAGAAGAGGCCGAGUUCUGAAUCACCAGGAGAAACUCCUGAAAGAGAUGGAGCUGGAGCGGCAGUGGCUGCGGGAGGCUCUGCAGGAGGCAGAAUGUGCCCUCCAACAGGAAGCAAAAGACAAAGAGUUGAUCAUUAAUCAUAUGAAAGCUGUGGAUGCCACCCUAAGAGCGAAGCAGGGACCCCGUGACCCUUCUCGGCCGAGACAGGAAAGGAUGGAGGAGAGGCUUUGCUUCACCAAGCCCUGGGGCAGUCGGUCCCGGUGCCCCUGCGGGACUCCGAGGAGCACCGAGCUGGAAGGGCAGGAACGAGCAGAAGCCCCGGGGUGGUGGCCGAGCUGUAUCAGAAGCUCUGUGGCAGCAGCUGGAGCUGCGGGAUGUCCCGGCAGGGCUGGGGCAGCGGGGCCGGCUCCGAGCGGGGCAGGGACAGGGGACCGGGAUUGCCGGGAACACGAGCGGAUGGGAACAGCUCCGUCCUUUAGUGAGGUGGGUGCCAAUAAGGCCCCGGGUCAGUGGCUGCUCUCACGGGCAGAGGCUCACCCCACAGAAGAAGCAGCAGCAGCUCUGGGCUGGGUUGUGGCCAAUUCCUUUCCCCAGGUCAGAGACCAGGCUGUGCUAUCAGGUGCUGCAGCAGCCACACUGCUCCCCAGCCUGCAGCUGGAGAUCCUUUCAGAGGAAGCAGUGAGGGGCAGGCCAGAGGCUAUAGCAUUCCAGCACGUCCUUUUAAGUUUUAUGGAUCUCUACUCGCUGGCAGCUGUCAGAGUAGAAGCAUUACCAAUAGGAAGAGAAUCUUUGUGGGUUCACUUUGAACCUGAGGCAGCUGUGUCGCCUCCUGCUGCUGCUCCUGAUGCGUGUGGGAGACAGCCUACACAUCAACAUUUUACAUACGGGUCAGAAAGUCAGCCUGACUGGAGUUACAGCCAAGAUUUUGGGUGGUGGCAACCUGCAACUGACCUAACCACUGAUGUGAUACACGACAGAACCUAUGCUGGGCCUGUAAUUUACUCAAUCCCUGGUGAGCCACCCUACAGAAACUAUAUGUCUGCCAGCAGCAGAGCUUACAGUCUGCCACCAGGCAGAACAGGUUAUGGACCAUUAUCGGGCACUUUCGUCAACGUUACGCCAAGUGUAAUCCACGCUGCCUCAGGACUGGACAGCUCCUCCUGUUACAGGCCAUGCAGUAAUUCUGUGUAUUCAGUGUUCACACCCUCCUAUUUGACACGGGAUGGAACUUUAGGGGUCUUCAGGACAGGGUCUUCAGACAACACGUCCUUCAGUUUCAGACCACGCAGAGCCAAUUCUUUGCCUUCGUUCAGAUCUUACAGCCAGGAUAUCUCGUCCAGCCCCAGAUGA